CUCGCAGUUAGGAGGUCGAAAGCAUCGUCAACAAAAACUAAAUCUGCUACACGGGCUUGACGCCGCCACAGCAGCUGAAGAAACACAUGAGACCAUAGGGACCAUUUGAUACCAUGUUUGUCCCAGGGAACCCCAUCUGAGAAUAUUUUUAUUGCAGUUUGUGGAAACCCAAACGAGCAUCCAGGUAUGGCUUCAAGCGACGAGGGCAGCACAGACGGACAUACCUUCCGUGGUGACGCAAGAUAUUUAGGAUCUCUGCUCAGGGGGAAAAGUUUCUCAGUUCCUCACUACCGCCUGGUCAUCCUGUGUCUGGGGCUGCUGGACAUUAUUCUGCUGUUGGCUGCCCUCGUCAUAGGGGUUUACUGUGGCACACUCAAUGAGAUACAUGUUCCCGAGCACAGCCCUCACUGGUCAGCCUUCAGUGAGCUGAAGGAGCUUCAGUUCAUACAGAAGGAAGCGAUCAACGCCAAGGUGGAGGCCCAGCAAGCGUUAGAGAAAGCCAUCAGCCAGCGCCGGCAGCAGAUCCUGCAGUUAGAGGUUCAGGGCUUGCUUAACGACGGCCUGCAGAACCAGAUCGAGCAGCUGCGAGCAGAGAAGACAAAACUGAUGUCCAAUAUGUCCAGUUUCCAGGAGAGUUGCGGUCGUUGCCCGUCAGGAUGGUUUCUGUUACGCACAUCCUGCUACUUCCAUGCCAAAGUGGCAUCCUUUCCCAAAAAGAGCUGGGCGGACAGCAGAGCGGACUGCAUCAGUCGAGGAGCCGACCUGGUGAAGAUUGAUAAUUGGGAGGAACAGAUAACUCUGUUUGAGUACUUACCGACUGCUUCCAGUCAGCCCCGGUCGUCCAUAAAAGAUGGAAUCUGGAUCGGCCUCACUCACACACGGGGGAAUUGGGUGUGGGUGAAUAAUGUGACUCAGGUGGAUCCAGGGUUCUGGAUAGAUGGUGAGCCUAACAACCUAAGCCUGGGUGAGGACUGUGUAGCCAUUUACAACAGAGGCAACCCAAGGAGGACCUGGUUUGAUGAAAACUGCACCCAAAACGCUUUCGAAUGGUUAUGUGAAAAGGAACUCAGUUAGCUCUGGAGGUCAUGGCAGCAUUUCCUGUGUUUUGGUCUCCACGAGGAAGUAGCGUACAUAAUGUCAGAUAUAUAAUGAGAUGGCAAUAACCUGGACAUCAUCUGUUCUGUUUUUAAGUAACUUAGCUCAAUAAUAAAUGCAUACAAUAUAUGGAGACAACAAUGAGUCUUUAAUUUAUUGUGUGUGUGCUAUUGUAGAAAAAUGAACUCUCUUUAAUUUUACAUCUUGGAAACAAGUGUGUAUUUAAUGGUGACUUCAUGGUGCACCAGUAGGCAUCUGUCCCUUCAUCCCUUCCAUC